AUGAAAAUUAUCAACCCCAACCUGGAGGAGCUCGCCUCCUACGAUCAUACGCUGGCUAUCGCCAGAGAGCAUUAUGGUCGUCGCGGCAACUCGCCUUCCGGGCAUCACCCGCGUACUGUCAUGUCUGCUGGCAAUGAGGCUCCCGAUGUUUACGAGGCUAUCUUGCUCGCUCCUGGCGAGAACAAGAUCGAUGUCGAGAUUGACACCCGCCUUCCUUCGGCUGCGAUCUUUACCUUUCACAAGGAGGAUCACACCCUUGGCAACAUGCUGCGCACUCGCCUGCUCAAGACUCCCCAUGUCAUCUUUGCCGCCUACAAGGUCCCCCACCCUCUGACUCCCAACUUCUUGUUGCGUGUCCAGACCGAUGGUGAAAUCGCUCCUCGUCAGGCUGUCAUCAACGCCUGUCACGCGUUGAUCAAGGACUGUGGUAUUCUCUCUCGCGAGUUUACCAAAGAAUUUGAGCUUCGCAAGAUGGCCAAUGCCGCCAACCAGCAGCAGCAGGGUGCCGAGUAA